CCAGCUUUACCGUGUUUUAUAUUGAGUACCCUGUCCCCGCCCUCUCCGCACAGCUCCCUGUAAAGCAGCGCUCGGUUGGCGGGCCGAGAUAUACCGUCUAACAAGCACUACAGGCCUAAUUAAUAUGAGGGCCGUCAUAUCAGCCGGAUACCAUACCUACAUUGGAGCUUUAUAUCAGUUAGGAAUUAGGAUCUGGGCUGGGAUAGGCACAGACUAGCAUAUAAAGCCCUGUCUGUUAUCCCACCGCAUCAGCCCGACGCUAUACAGGAUGCGUUGUCUCAAGCAUACAAGAUGUCUCUGGGACGUUCUCUCAUCAUACUCACGGCCUCGCUGCUGACAGGCCUCCCUGCCGUACAAGCAGCCGAGCAGCACCCCCUGCUGCCAACAUGGAAAUGCACCACCUCGGGAGGCUGCGUACAGCAAAACACAUCGGUCGUGCUCGACCGGGUCGCCAAAUACGCCCAGGGCGCCGCCGGCUCCAGGACACUGGCCGACUAUGCGGCGAUGGGAGUCUCGACGUCGGGCAACGCGCUCACCAUGUACCACUACGUCCGGACAAACGGCAACCUCAACCCGGCGUCCCCGCGCGUCUACCUGCUGGGCGAGGACGGCAAGUACGCGAUGAUGAAGCUGCUCAACCAGGAGCUGACGGUCGACGUGGACUACUCGACGCUCCCCUGCGGCGAGAACGGGGCGCUGUACCUGUCCGAGAUGGCGGCGGACGGGCGCGGCAACGCGGCGGCGGGCGACGGGUACUGCGACGCGCAGUGCCAGGGCUACUGCUGCAGCGAGAUGGACAUCCUCGAGGCCAACGCCAUGGCCACGGCCAUGACGCCGCACCCGUGCAGGGCAAACACCUGCGACAAGCCCGGCUGCGGCUACAACCCCUACGCCAGCGGCAACCGCAACUUCUGGGGCCCCGGCAAGACCGUCGACACUAGCAAGCCGUUCACGGUUGUCACGCAGUUUGCGGCCAGUGGCGGCCGGCUGACGCAGAUCACGCGCAAGUAUAUCCAGAACGGCCGCGAGAUUGCCGGCGGCGGCACGAUUACCAGCUGCGGCUCUGAGGGGUCGACCGGCGGCUUCACUGGCAUGGGCGAGGCGCUGGAUCGCGGGAUGGUGCUGGCCAUGAGCAUCUGGAACGAUGCUGCCCAGCAGAUGUCCUGGCUCGACUCCGGCAACAACGGACCCUGCGCCAGCGGCCAGGGAAGCCCGUCCAAUAUUCAGUCUCAGCACCCGGACACUCAUGUCGUGUUUUCUAACAUCCGAUGGGGAGACAUUGGCUCCACGACGAAGGGUUAAGCUACCUACCUAGGUAGUGUUGGGCAGCGCUUCUCCCUUGAACAUAUGUAUUGUAUUGUACAAUACAACGACGGGGGCACCUGGCUCACACAGUGCGG